AUGUCCUCGACCACCACAUCCGUUCAGUCUCCCCUGACUCCGAACCCAACCACUCCUUCUUACUCCAACGAUCUCGACUGGAUCACUGCGUAUCUCACAAUACAUUGCUCCAGCAAUCCUAGCACUGUCUAUGCUUACAUUCUUUGGGUCGCUAUCGCCGUUGUCCUCGUCAUCUACGCCCUCUUUCAUUUGGCCGGCCUCAGAGCACGCGUCCUCGGAGCAUACUUCACCAAAUGGUCUCUUCGUCGCAGAACAUGGCGGAAGAAACACAGUCUCGCCGAAGCCAAGCGCAAGGGCCUGCCCUACAAACCACCGCUACCUUUUCCCUCCAACGCCCAACUCCUCGCCCUCAGUGUCCUCAUUAUAGCAACUAUGCUUCUGUCCUUCGUCGGGCCUGAUUAUAUAGCACCGAAUUCCACGAUAUUUGGUCUCGGCACUCCAACGACUACUACCCCGGCGACUAAGCGCGAAAUCCCUCCCGCUGACAACCUUGCGCCUCAGUACACCAUCCAGAAGGCAUGGUGGACUUCUAGCAACAGGACAGGCAUCGUUGCCUUUGCUCUCUUUCCGCUCUGCGUGUUAUUCGCUCUCAAAGCGCCCCCCUUUGCGAUUUUUGCACUGCCGUUCGUUCUUCAAAUUCAUUUUGACAAGCUCGCUUGGCUCCACCGGUGGUCUGGCCGUUUGAUCUGGUUCGUCACGACACUUCAUGUCGUGUUCUGGAGUGUGCAGUUAUUUGAGGACCGUCGUGAUGGGACUGGGAAAAUCGCAUACACGUAUGCCUGGGACUUUCAGAGAUUCAUAUUCGCUUGGACAGCGUAUGGUCUCAUGACGCUACUGGUCAUCCUUUCCAUAAAACCUAUCCGGCAGGCGCAUUAUGAAGCGUUCUACUUCAUGCACGUCAUCCUGAUCCCCAUGACUAUCGUCAUGUCUGCCCUGCACCAUCCGCAGGUGUGGUGGUGGUGCGGCGCUGCCCUCUAUCUGUGGUUCGGUGAACGUAUCUGGCGCGGGGCGUGGUGGUUGCACACCAACGGCUUUUUCGGUAGCGUGCAGCCACCCGUGCCGACUGUUUCCCUCGGUCCCCCCGCCAAGUCUGGGGCGGGUGCUGAAGAAUCAAGCCAGUAUCCUCCGCCGUUAUCCGUUCCACACCUCCUCGUCCCAGAGAGGUAUAUUCCACCACCUGGAUUCGCUUUGGCGGAGUUACUCCCAGGCCGCACGGUUCGUCUCCGUCUUAUCACACCUGGCUAUUUACCGUGGGCACCUGGGCAACACUUUCUCCUGGGUAUCCCGUCCAUCUGCCGGUUCACUACGCAUCCCUUCACCGUCGCCUCUGUGUGCGACGAGCAGUCGCCCACAGAUGAGGGCCGCGAGCUUGAUUUCAUCGUCCGCGCCAAGAACGGGUGGUCAAAAGACUUGUGGGAUGCCCUCGCGCUCGCUGUAUCCCGAGGACAGAGCAGCAUAUCGGGCGAGAAUCUACCCGGCAGCUAUCCGUUGCCUCGACGCGGUGUGCUGAUGCGUGCUUAUGUCGACGGGCCAUUUGGCUCUGCUGAGCGCGCGCGGUGGGGCGCGCAUUCGACGGUGCUCCUUGUCACUGGAGGUUCUGGCGUAUGUUUCGGCUUGUCGGUUCUGCAGUAUCUGUGCCUAUGCCUUGCUGGGAGGGAUGGGAGUCACCUUGGUGGACACAAGGGAGGCUGGGGUAAACCCGGAUUUAGGACCACUCGCGUCCGCUUUGUAUGGCUUGUCCGCGAGUUUGGCCAUAUCCAGUGGGGCGCUUCGAUACUGCGUCGGUGCAUGGCGAUGGUACCCUCUGCUGAGCUGCAAGUCGAAAUAUUUGUAACGAACGUUGCGCCGGCGCCCCAAUCGGGGCCAGCAGCGAUCGCUUCGUUCACGAGCCAGGCACUGCCGAUGAAGGACGACAACCUGACAAUGCCAAUACCUGAUUUCGCGCGUGCGCUAGGCAAGCAGCAGUCGCGAUCCGCGUCGCCUGAUGACGACGACGGCAUGGAGAGCGACACGUGGGUGGACAAUAUGGACCUCAGCUACUACUCGGGGGACUACGUUCGGGACAACGACGAGCUCGGGCACGAGGAGCACGUGCUCGACCUCACGAACUUCGAGGGCGACAACGACACGGCGAUUCCUGGGGAGCAUGUGUUCAGCCUCUCGAUAAAGAGAGAGGGGCGGCUGCGACGCGCGAAUACGCGGCGGCAGUCCAUGAUUCAGGGCACGCAGGGUGCCAAGCAGCGGCAGCUGGGGAUGCGCGUCGACACCGGCUGGAACCAGUCGAUGGUGAAUAUGGCGGACAGUAGAACGCAUCUCUCGCCGCUGGAGUAUGGCAGUGACGGCAGCCCGUCGUCUGCUCUCCGUUCCCCCAACAGCGCUGCACCAUUGCUGAACCAUGAGCACCCUAUGUCGGGGCUACGUUCGCCGGUGUCUCCGCCGCACGAAUCUAGCUCGCACCGGCCGCGCCGCGAUUCGGCCGUCUCGCAGAUGUCCGACACGCGCAGUCUUGCGGCGCUCGUGACGAAGGAGAGCGAGCAGCUGCAGCACGACCUCGACGCGCAGGAGAUGGAGGAUGUCGGUGUCGUUGCGGAACACGCCCGCCCUGGGAAGCCGCGACUGGAUCGCAUCCUAGCAGACGAGGUUGAGCGGGCAAAGGGAUCUAUCAUCGUUGGAUGCUGUGGUCCUACCUCUCUCAAUGCCAUGAUGCGCAAGGCCAUCGCCGCACAGAUCGACCCGGCGCGGAUUGCGCGGGGCGACAUGCGCGGGUUGAUUUCCAUGAUUUCGGAGGAUUUUGAGUACUGA